AUGGGUAAAGCCGACUACUUGAACAAGAUACGUAAGCCAAAAAAGGUUGAGCCGACGUCAUUGUCCCCUACAUCAAGCGUGACAGUGCUGCAUCAGCGGAUUAUUCCAAAGGCAAAUGAAAAUCAAAACGAGGCGAAAGAAUUAACAAGAACAAGAGAGUCACACAAGGGAUUCAAACGAAUUGACAAUGGUGAAAGAAUAUCGCUGGUAGCUUGCGAGAAAGCCACUGAGCGUGAAUCUACGCUGGCGACGAUAUAUCGUGAUCGAUCUGGUAAAAAAAUUGACAUCCACGAAGUGCAGCGCAGGUUAGUUGCCAAGCAGGUCGAGAUUGAGCAAUCCAAUUGGAGGGACAUACAAACUUGCGAGCAGGACAUUUCAGCUACUUCUCUGUCGAAGCAAGUGAUACACCAUCAGAGGCAACAAAAUUUAUUGCUCGAAGAUCCUAUGGCAGAUAUAACAACACCAGUGCGUACGGAAUUGACUCUGCUUGAAUACAAAAAGGGCGUCAAUAUUCCGAAUCGAUUUGGAAUAAAGGCUGGUUGUUUUUGGGAUGGUGUUGAUCGUGGGAAUGGAUUUGAAACUCUAUUGUUGGCAAAAAGGACUGAGUUCAAGUAUCAAGCGAAGGAAAUGACCCAGUACAGUAUGAACGAUGAAUAUGACGAUAUUUAA